AUGAGGAAGGCCAGGUUCUGGGGGCUGCUGUGCAUGCUGUUCGUAUCAGAAGUCCAGCCUGCCUCUGACCCAGAUGAAGAAAGGUAUGAGUACACAGAGGGCCAGAGCCUGACGCUGGGCUGCCCCUUCAACAUCAUGAAGUACGCCAGUAGCCGGAAGGCUUGGCAGAGGCUGCAGGCUGGAAGGGAACCCCUCACAUUGGUUUCCACAGACAGACCAACUGGGAAUCCCAGUGAGGUCCGUGUGGGGAGGUACAUGCUGACCGAUGUCCCACGGGAGGCCAUGCUGCACGUCCAAAUGACCAACCUUCGAGUGGAGGACUCAGGACUGUAUCGAUGUGUGAUUUACCACCCUCCUAAGGACCCUGUCCUGCUCUUCCAUCCUGUACGCCUGGUGGUGACCAGAGAUCCUUCAGCUACCCUUGCUGCCUCUGACGUUCCUACUCCAAACGCGGCGAACAUUCCCACCCCUGCUGCCACAAAGAACCUGAGCAGCGCCGGGUCCACAACGCCGACCCAACACCUGCCCAGGUCACCUACCGUUGUCUCCUCUCCUGACCCCGGAGUCACCUUCACAAAUGUGACAAGUGUCGUCAGGUAUGGCUUCAGGGGAUCCAGGCUUCUGCUCUGGGUCUCUGUGUUCAUCUUCAUUGUUCCCGUGGUCUGCGGAUUCCUCAGUAAGGCCUUGGUUUUCAUCGUCCUGUUCGCCGUCACAAAGAAGUCAUUUGGCUGAUAGAUCCGCGAAGCCUCACCAUGAUGACUUCUGACCUCCGGCCAUGUCCGUCCCACAGGAAGAGAUCAGUGGAGGGAGGACCCAGGAGAAGCGAAUGACACGGACUGAACCUGUCAUCACAGGCGAAAUCUCUGGUUCAGGAUGUCCCCCCUCCUGGCCCUGCUGACGCCCCUGACUCCACUGAGCACUUUGGGUGUGGGUUUUGCCUCCUUGGAAGAGAGGAUGCAGGUCCCAGUGUGACCCGAACCUUCAUCCCACUGGUGGUUUGACCUGAAAUAAAGACAGAGCCGAAUGCUCACCGUUACCCUCUUGUGGGAUCCCUGAGCUUUAAUGGGCCCA